UGCAUCACGAUGUUGGACCUCAACGGCACUCCGGCGACCUGCUACGAUCCGGUCCAGAAGAUCUGGAGCGGCUCCAGUCUGCAGAGCCUCUACAACGAGGACCUCACCGUGGGCCAGAUCAUCUACCGGCAGCUGCAGCGGCAGCCCCAAAGGAUAUUUCAGAUCUCGCACACGGACAACACGCGACUGACGCGCUCGCAGAUGCUGCAGAAUGCGUCCAAGGUGGGCUGCUACCUCCGGGACCAGGGAUUCGACAAGAAGACGGACAUGGUGGGCCUUCUGGCCCGGAACUCCACUCAUGUAGGGGCGCUUGCCUACGGCUGCCUCUUUAACGGCACGCCCUUCCAUGCCGUCAACCCCAAUCUGGAGCAGAAGACCAUUGCCAGUCUCUACAGGAUCACCAAACCACGCAUCCUUUGCUGCGACGUUGCGGACUACGAAAAAAUCAAGGACAUAGCUUCCUCCCUGGGAUCUCUAGUCCUGACGGUUAACGGAAAGCUGCCAGGAGUCACGAGUGCGGGGAAUCUGCUACAGAGUCCUCUCCCCGAGGACUACGAGCCUGCGCAGUUUCAGCGGGGAGUGGAUCGCACCAUGGCCAUACUCUGCUCCUCGGGCACCACUGGAACGCCCAAGGCGGUGACGCUCUCCAACAGUCGCAAGCUGUUUGAAAUGCAUAGCUAUCUAGGUCCAGACGACGUUCAGUAUGCUCCCAGCACCCUGGACUGGCUGACGGGACUCAUCACCCUCAUAACGGCCGGGGUGUUCGGCACAGUUCGUCUGAUUUCCAGCGAAAUGUUCAGCACAGCGCACUUUCUCGAUCUUUGCGAGCAGCACGAGAUCAGCUGGACAAUCAUGGCCAAUUCCCACGUGGCCAUGUUGGCCAACUGUCCGAACACUAGCAUCCAGAGGCUGCGGAGCCUGAGGUACCUGCUCUUUGCUGGCGGCCACUGUCUGGUUGGCACUUUGAAGAAAAUGCAGUCCUUCCUACACGGACCUGGCAUUCUAAGGAACGCAUACGGCCUGACAGAGGUGGGAACGCUGAUCUCCUACAACUACGACACCCAAUCGAAGCCCACUUCGGUGGGUCGCCUGAUGGCGAAUAUUCGGGUAAAGAUCGUGGAUUCCUCGGGCCAGUUGCAGGGGCCCAAGGGUCUGGGUGAGGUGCUCUGCCACAACGGGCAGUCCUGGAACGGUUACUUCGGAAAUCCUCAGGCCACGGCGGAAAUGAGAGACUCCGAGGGAUGGUACCACACCGGUGAUGUGGGCUACUUCGACCAGGACAACUACCUGCACAUCGUGGAGCGCAAAAAGGACAUGCUCAAGUACCUAGGCAUGAUGUACUACCCCCACGAGGUGGAGGAGGUGAUCGCCCAAAUGCCCGACGUGGCCGAGGUCUGCGUCUUUGGCAUCUGGCGGGAGAUGGAGGGCGAUGCCGCCGCUGCAUCCGUAGUCCUGCGAUCCGGCAGCAACCUUCACCCCAGCCACGUAGAGCAGUACGUCCGAAAGAACAUAUCCGUGCAGUUCAAGCAUCUCCACGGCGGAGUACAGAUAGUCCCGCAGCUGGCGAAGAGCGCCAACGGCAAGGUCAAUCGGCAUGCUGUCAAGGCGGCCUACUUAAAAAAUGCGAAUGAAUCUUGAAAUCUUAUAAUUGCACAAAUAAAGUAAACA